AUGAUGUUGGACGACUACCGAGCGAACGCCAACACAACCGACAGUAGAUCUCGCACACCGAUCUUUUACGCCGUUCGAACCAAGAACGAGCAAAUCAUUCGCAUACUUCUUGAAAACAAGGAAGCGGAUAUCAAUUGGCAAGAUCAACACAGACAGACUCCAUUGGUAUACGCCAUUGAAAGGAAUCUUCUGCCAACUGCAUCACUUCUACUCGAAUUUAAUCCAUAUCUGAUUCGAGUGGAUAUCAAAAAACGGUCGGCUAUUUGGUACGCUAUCGCUCGCUGCGAUGAGAGCCUGGUGCAAGCCCUUUUGAAAAGGGGUAGCGACAUUCGAACGCCAGAUUACAAAGACUUCUCGCCCAUCUGCCUGGCAGUGACGAAGAAACCCCCGAAUAUCGCCCGGCUGAUACUCCUCAAUUCAGAUCCCGAUUCAAGAAAGAUCCUACUGAAGGAUGUCGCUCUCAGAAACAGUCUGCUCCGUCGGGCUGUACAGGCAAGCCUCCAAGAUGUCAUCGCGCUACUGGUUGCCCAUGGCGCAGAUCCAAACUCUAGAAAUAGAGAUGGCCAGAGCUUGUUGCAUCAAGCCACGAAAAAUGGUGACAGGGAGGUGGUCCAACAACUGCUCACGUAUGAAGACAUAUCUAUCAAUGCAACGGACAGACGUUCCUGCACUGCCCUUCACAUCGCAGCAGAGUAUGGAUGCACGUCGGUAGCCAAGUGCCUGCUGGCCAAAUGCGGUAUAGAAUCCAGCGCAAGAGACACCUACGGUCGCACUGCCUUUCACAUCGCAGCAGAGUAUGGCAACAAGUUGAUCACAAGGCUUUUCUUAGCCUAUGGUGUUGUGGAUAUCAAUGCCCGAGAUGCUAAUGGAGCAACAGCACUCUGCUUGGCUGUAAAGGAAAAGCACACAGCUGCAGCCCUGCAGAUUCUCGCAGAAGACCAUGUAGAUCUCAAUGUGGCUGGUCAAAAUGGCUGGACAGCUCUUCACCAUGCGGUCUCAGUGGGAAGCAUACCGGUAGCUUGUGUGCUUCUCAACAACGAUCAGCUAGAUCCGAACCUUCGUGAUGAUGAAGGAUGGCCUCCUCUCACCCAUGCUGCUUCCAAUGGCGAUUUACGGAUGGUGGAGCUCCUUCUCGCGAGGACAAACAUUCAAGUGAACGUGCAUCAGGCCCCACCCCUGUUCCAUGCUGCUAAACAUGGUCAUGUGGAAGUUGUACGCCGGUUGCUCUCCUUUGAUACCAUCGAUAUUAAUCAGCAGUUUUGGAACAGCUCGCCUCUCUGCGUUGCCUCCGAGAUGGGCUACCCAGAAGUUACAAAGCUACUCCUUCGGCACACAGACACCCCCGACACUAAUCUCAAAACUUACUUGGGCGAUACUGCACUUUCUUUGGCCGCUUACCAUGGUCAUUUGGUGAUUAUACAUCUUUUACUGGAAGUAAGUGAAUUGGAUGUUGCUGCUGCUGAUAAAUUUGGAGACACGGCGUUGUGCAAAGCAGCCCGGAAUGGACACGAGCAGGCUGUCAAGCGUCUGUACAGGGACACUCGGGCAAAAUGUGCUAUUGAUGUGAAAAGGGCUGCAGCAGCAACUUCCAACUGUAGAAUUGCACUGUACCUUGAAGGACACUUGGAUGAGGAAGGCAACUUUUGCACUUGGCCUUGA